AAUAAAAAUAUAAAUAUUCCCUGACCAGGUAGGGAAGCAAUGGAGGUCCAAAGCUGACUCUUCCUUUCUGUUUUUCUCUCCUUUUAAAACAAAAAAUAAAAUUAUCAAAGCGACCAGCUUUCUUGCACUCUCCGCGCCAAAGCGACACCGUUUUCAUCUUUCUUCUCCUCUUUAGCUCCAAUUCAAUCUGAAUUGGGAUUGUUCCGCUGCUUGUGGUGUCUAGUAAUUUAAGUUUUUGUGGGACGGACAUCUCAGAGAAAUCUUGGGACGGAGUGGACAUUGAAGCUGUGAUCUUGUUCCAGUGAUUCUAUGCUUUCAUCAUUUUCGGUUGUCUUGUUGGACUUAAAUGGAUGUUGCCUCAACGGAACUACAUUCUGAAAAUCAGACUGACACUUUCCCAUUGUUAAUGGAGCGGCAAGAGAAUCCUAACAGUAGUGAGCAUAUUAUUGACAUACGUAACGAGGUCUCUGUAUCACCAUCUCACAAUAGAAUUUCAACUGGUUUGGAAGCGUCAUUGCAUGAGGACAGACCUUUGAGUGGCGUGAGAGCACCCACUUCUCCGCCUCCGACAUCUUUGUCUAAUGGAACAAACUCUCGGAGCUCCUCAUUAAUAAGGAGAGGGGAAGCUCGUCGACGCAGGAGUCCUUUGAACUCUGGUUUAUGGAUUUCUGUUGAAUUGGUUCUCACGUUGAGCCAGAUUAUUGCGUCUAUUGUUGUUUUGUCUGUGUCGAGGAAGGAACAUCCACGUGCACCAUUGUUUGCAUGGAUUGUUGGUUAUGCAUCAGGAUGUGUGGCAACCCUCCCUCUUCUUUACUGGCGUUAUAGUCAUCGUAACCAGGCUUUGGAGCAAGACUCAGCUCAAAAUCAUCAGGGUUCUGCACAUAUUAACGUUCCUGCAGGACCCUUUUCUCUUUCAGUUAGUAGGAAUUCAGAAGGGGAGGAUCGCCGAUCUGCUACUACAUCACCUAGAGGUGGCCAAAAUGCAGUACUGAAUGCAAGACUCAAGGUUUUGUUGGAAUACUUCAAAAUGGCUUUGGAUUGCUUUUUCGCAGUUUGGUUUGUGGUUGGCAAUGUGUGGAUAUUUGGAAGCCACUCAUCUGCGGAGGAGGCUCCAAACUUGUACAGGUUAUGCAUAGUGUUUCUUACAUUUAGCUGUAUCGGAUAUGCUAUGCCCUUUAUUCUGUGUGCAACAAUCUGCUGUUGCUUGCCUUGUAUAAUUUCUAUUCUCGGGUUUAGAGAGGAUCUGACACAGACAAGGGGAGCCACACCCGAAUCAAUUGAUGCCUUGCCAACGCACAAGUUUAAGCUGAUUAAAAAUAGAAAUGGUGAGGAUAGCAGCUCUGGUGCUGCUGAUGGUGGGAUCGUGGCUGCAGGGACAGAAAAGGAACGUGUGAUUUCAGGAGAAGAUGCAGUUUGCUGCAUUUGUUUGGCAAAAUAUGCAAACAAUGAUGAGCUGAGGGAGCUACCAUGUUCUCAUUUCUUCCAUAAGGAUUGUGUAGACAAGUGGCUGAAGAUCAAUGCAUCAUGUCCUCUUUGCAAGAGUGAGGUCGGUGAAAGUAUUUUAGGUUCACUCCCCGGGUUAAAUUCUAGCCAGAGACGGGUUGAAAAUGGGGCCGGCAAUGGCAUGGCCAGCACCAUGUUUUGACCCUCUAUAUCACACAAAUAGUAAUAUCAUACAUAAAUAAUUACGAUUUUGACUAUGCUGUAAAAAGUACUUCAUUCUUCUCUUUCUAUGAGUCUCAUGGACCAAAAAUUUAAUUAAGAAUUGGUGAAGUACUCUUCCA